CAAAUUUAAUUUUUUCACACAGAAAGCAAAAAGAAACAGCACCCUCAGAUCAAACAUAACUAUGCUUCCUCUACCACUCUAAACUAAAGCAAAGAAAUCAAAGACAAUAUUUUGCUUUCUUUAUUCAUCCCAGUGACUAUGGAGUUUUAGUAUCUCAGUCAACAUUAAAAUAAACAGUAUAAACUAAUGGAUUAUUCCCCUUUACUUGUCUGCUGCUAUUUGUUGCUCACUACAACAAUACACACUGAAGCAGCUGACACCAUAAAUACUACUCAGUCUAUUAGAGAUGGUGAAGCUCUAGUAUCAGCUGGUGGAAGCUUUAAGUUGGGAUUUUUCAGCCCAGGGACUUCCAAGAAUAGAUACUUGGGCAUCUGGUACAACACAAUCCCUACCGUUACAGUAGUCUGGGUCGCCAACAGGGAAAACCCAGUAAUGGAUUCAUCAGGUGUUCUAAAUAUUACGGAUCAAGGAACACUUAUCAUUGUCAAUAGAAAUGGUACAAUUGUUUGGUCUUCCAACUUCAAAAGCUUCGCAAGUAAUCCUAUUGCGCAGCUUUUGGAUUCGGGAAACUUUGUUAUAAAAGAACAAGGCAAUGAUAACUCUAAUCUUUACUUGUGGCAGAGUUUUCAUUAUCCAUCUGAUACAUUACUUCCAGGAAUGAAGCUUGGAAGGAAUAGAGUAACAGGCUUGGAUGCUAAUAUAUCAUCAUGGAAGACACCUACUGAUCCUGCUCGAGGUAAGUUUAUUUUUGGAUUUGAUCAGGGUGGUUAUCCUGAGAUGAUUAUAACAGAGGAUUCAGCAAAGCUUUAUCGCACUGGACCAUGGAACGGUCUUCGGUUUAGUGGUACACCUUCUAUCAGAUCAAACCCCAUUUAUAGUGAUGGGUUUGUUUUCAACCAGGACGAGGUGUAUUACAACUAUGAGCUCCUUAACAGCUCACUCCUUUUAAGAAUGGUGAUAAACCAGCAAGGAGUUGUUGAGCAACUUAUCUGGGUUAGUGGAGCACGUGGUUGGAUGGUUUUUCGUACUCUAAUGACAGAUCAGUGUGACAACUAUGCUAUGUGUGGCACAUAUGGUAGCUGCAAUAUUAACAACUCUCCAAUGUGUAGUUGCUUGAAAGGGUUUGUACCAAAAGUUCCAAGAGAAUGGAACGUGGCAGAUUGGUCUAAUGGUUGUGUAAGAAAGACUCCGCUCGCUUGCUCUCAAGAUGAGUUUCUAAAGUUCACUUCAGUGAAGUUGCCAGAAACACGAACAUCCUGGUCCAAUGUUGCUGGUUACAUGGCAAUGAACAUGUCCCUAGAUGAAUGCCACUUUUUGUGCAUGAAGAACUGCAACUGUUCAGCUUAUGCAAAUUUGGACAUUAGGGGAGGAGGAAGUGAUUGCUUGCUUUGGUUUAAUGAAUUGAUUGAUGUUAGAGAUUAUACUGAAGGCGGGCAAGAUAUGUAUGUAAGGAUGGCUGCAUCUGAAUUAGUCCACAUCAAUGCUACAGCUAAAUCCAAUGUCCAGAAGCGUACAGCGAUUGCUGUAAGCUCUGUGUUAUCUACAGGACUGCUGCUUUUGGUCCUGGCUCUGAUUUUGUAUUGGAGAAGGAAGCGGCAGAAAAAUAGAAAAUUGAAAGAUAUGCUAGAAAGAAAUGCAAAUAUCAAGGGCCAUAAAGAAGAUCAAGAACUAACAAUGUUUGAUUUGGGCACAAUUGCUCGUGCAACCGAUAAUUUUUCUCUUAUUAAUAAACUCGGGGAAGGAGGUUUUGGACCUGUUUAUAAGGGCAUGUUGAAAGAUGGACAAGACAUAGCUGUUAAGAGGCUUUCAGAGAGUUCAAAACAAGGAAUUGAUGAGCUCAAGAAUGAAGUGACGUAUAUUGCCAAAUUGCAGCACCGAAAUCUAGUGAAGAUUCUAGGAUGCUGCAUUCAAGCAGAUGAAAUGAUGUUGAUCUAUGAGUUUAUGCCUAACAAAAGCUUGGACUUCUUUAUAUUUGAUGAAACACAUAGCACAUUGCUAGGCUGGCCCAAGCGCUACCAUAUUAUAAAUGGGAUUGCCCGUGGACUACUUUACCUUCACCAAGACUCAAGACUAAGAAUAGUCCACAGAGAUCUGAAAGCUGGAAAUAUUUUACUAGACUGUGAAAUGAACCCUAAAAUUUCAGAUUUUGGACUAGCUAGAAGUUUUGGAGGAGAUGAAACUGAAGCGAAUACGAAUAAGGUGGUGGGAACAUAUGGUUAUAUGUCUCCGGAGUAUGCAAUUGAUGGUCUUUACUCAGUGAAAUCUGAUGUAUUCAGCUUUGGUGUUAUGGUGCUAGAAAUAGUAAGUGGAAAAAGAAACAGAGGGUUCUACCAUCCGGAGCACUACCUUAACCUUCUUGGGCAUGCAUGGAAACUACACAAAGAAGGUAGAGCUUCUGAGCUGAUAGCAGCAUCAAUGGAAGAUUUAAACGACGAAUCUGAAGCGCUAAGAUCAAUUCAAAUUGGUUUGCUUUGUGUGCAAAGAAGUGCAGAAAGUAGGCCAACUAUGUCAAGUGUGGUUCUUAUGUUAGGUGGUGAAGGUGCAUUGCCUGAACCUAAAGAACCCGGAUUUUUCACUGAAAGAGAAAUCAUUGAAGCUAAAUCUUCAAGUACCCACAAACUAUGUUCUCCUAAUGGUCUCUCUAUAUCAUUGUUAGAGGCGCGUUAACAGCAUUUCAUCCUUGAAUUUUCAGCAAUUGUAUUAUAUUAGUUGUGAUACUUUCUUGAUAUUAUUGCGGAAAAAAACAUAAAGUUUAUAAAUUGCAAUUCAAAAAGGUAAUGAAAGUUGAGGUUGUGGAA